AUGAUCACCAGGGGUUCACUCUGUUGUGUUGCUACACUUGGGUCUUCUACCAAGAAUACCAACCUCUGCUUUUCUACUCCAUUGUUUCUUGGGCGGAAGAUGCCUUCUAUUAAAAGAUCAUCGUCAUUACUGGCAUCACCUUCAAAAGCUAAUUCACAUCCGUUGAUGAUGAUACCACCGGAUGAGGAGGAGGAAGAUGGUAGGAGUUUGUGCCGUUUCUAUGACUACGUAAAUGAAAAGGUUUUAAAUACCAAUAUUAAGAUUCCUGAGGAGGUUGAUCAUGCAAUAUGCAUUGGGUCAUCUCAUGGUUGGCUGGCGUAUAUCUCCCGCCUUGACUGCUCUGUUUUUCUUUGGAGUCCUUUCUCAACCACUCCACUCAUCUCACUUCCUCCCAUUGAUACACUACCUUCUAUAACGAGUGUUCCUCUUGAAGAAGUGGAUGAAGAGAACCCCGAUGAUGAAAUAUUGGAGAGAUGUGAGGGUGAUACUUUGCAUUACAAAUGGAAAAGUGCAUAUGAAUCUGAUGAUGAUUCUUCCCCUGAUUUUGGAUUUAAAGUAGAAUGGGAUUUUUCUGAUCAAAGCCAAAGUUUCUAUACCAGGUCAGCAAAGCGUUUGAUUCUGUAUCUUAUACGCAAGAUUGUUUUGUCAUCUGUUCCUACAAGUGACGAUUGCAUCGUAGUGGCUCUGCCUGGUCUUAGCAUUCAUCGCAGUAUUGCUUUUUGUAAACCUGGGGACAAGUCAUGGACCUUCGUAGAACCACCACUUAAGAAAUAUUUUGACAUUGUAGAUGUCAUACAUUUCAAGGACCAAUUGUUCUACACCAUUACCUCUUGUCAACCUACUUUAUACGCAUAUGAUCUUGCCGAUCUUUCUUCUCCAAAGAGUUACCUAAUUGAACCUUGUUUCAAAUAUGAACACUUAUCCUCACUUGAAAAAUACACAAGGAGAUCUUGCAGAAAAAGAUAUUAUUUGGUCGAAUCAUCAGGUGAGCUUUUGUUGGUUUGUAGGUUUUUUACUAACAAGAUGAAUAGCGAUGGUGAAAUUAUACUCAACUCUAGUAUUACUAGAUCUCCGGAUCAGACAACCACGUUUGGCGUUUAUAAGCUGGAUUUCUCUCGGAAUAAAUGGGAACCUAUUAGAUGCAUAGGUGACCAAGUUUUGUUUGUAGGUACUAACCAAUCUCUUUCUCUCUCAGCUCGAAACUUUUCUAUUUUAAAAGCGAACUGCAUAUACUUCACGGAUGAUUCUUGUGAAAUACAUAAGAAAUAUCCUCCUCGUUGGUGCAAGGGUUAUGGGGGCAAUGAUUAUGGGCACUACGAGCUAGGAGGAAGAUAUGUAUUUGGAGAAUUGUGCAGAUUUGGUGAUGGUAGGGUUUUACCGCCACCUUUUUGGGUUAUGCGUCAUUUUCAUUAA